UAUACAUUUUUCAUCCGUCUUUCUGUUGAUGAGCAUUUAGGGUGAUCCAUAUUUUGGCUAUUGUGAAUAGUGCUACAGUAAACAUGAGAGUGCAGAGAUCUCAACAAGAUUCAGUAACCCUACUACUGAGUAUAUAUCCAAAGUAUUUUAUUCGUUUUGAUGCUAUUCUAAAUGGAAUAGUUUCCUUAGUUUCCAUUUUUGGUUGUUUAUUGUUAGUAUAUAUAAAUGCAACUGAUUUUUGUGUAUUGAUUUCCUAUCCUGCAACUUUGCUGAAUUUGCUUAUUAGUUCUAUUGGGGUUUUGUGUGUAUGUGUGUGUAUGGAAUCUUCAGGUUUUCCUACGUAUCAAAUUUUAUCAUUUGCAGACAGAUAUAAUUUUACUUAUUUAUUUCCAAUUUGGAUCCCUUUUAUGUAUUUUUCUUGCUUAAUGUUACUGCAGCUUUCUAUCCAGGAAAUGAGGAUUUGAACAGUGAUGGGGAGGUGAGCAAUGGUUGGAUUUGGGACAUAUUUUAUGGGCAGAACAAAUGGAACUUGUUGGCUUAGAAGUGGGUGGUGGAAGAAAGAGAGAAGUUAAAAGUGACUUCUAGGUUUAUGGAUGGGCUAAAUUAUUGUGGUGCCACUGUUUAGACAGGGUAGAUGGGGGGAUGCAGGACUAAGAGGGGAAGAGAAAAGGUCCAUCUGGGUCGCAUUAAAUUUGGCCAUGAUUGUGCAUCAGAUAGAUAAAAGCAAGAGAAGGAGGGAAGAAGUCAGAACACAGACCUCUGGGGAAAGCUCACAUGUAGAAAAGGGAUGGAAGAAGAGGCAUCAGAAAGAGAGGCAAAGAAGAGCAAUCUGAGGGGGAGAAAAAGAACCAGGAAAGUCAGAGAAACAAGGAAGAAGUUUCAGGAAAGUGGUAGUGGUCAACUAUGCAAGCAAGACGGGAAGGAAGGUGAGGACUGAGAAAGGAUUUUUUAUGUGAGCAACGAGGAGGUUAUUGGUAACCUUUGACAGAACAUUUUCAGCAGAGUGGAUAAGGUCUCUGCCGGAGUGCAAGUGAGUUGAAAAUAUAAGUGAGUGAGGGAAGUGCUUUAAACAAGUCUAAAGUGCUGUGUGUGUAAGGCAGUGUUGCUAUUUCUGUUGCCAUGGAAACAGAAACCUUUCAGGAGAACUAAAAGCCACUUAAAAUCCCUGACUCUAACCCAUCCUAUCUGCUUGAUCUCUUGAGAGAGAUAAUGACAAAAACCAGUCAUUAGAGGGGCAGGGCAAUUUUAGGUUUCUUCUUUUUAGAUGUAGCCGUUAACUGGAAAUCUUCCCCCUUCUUGAGAAGAGAUCUUGCACUGACAUCUACACUGGCUUCUAAAAAGCACAGAUGACCUGCUACACUUCCUGACUUUCUUGCUAUUGGUUGGCACUGUUUAUAAAUAUAAUUUGCUGUUUCCCUUUUCUUUCAAAUGAGCAAUCUGAAUUACUUGGAGGAGAAAGGCAGAAGAGAUAGAGGCAGCAGAAGCCAGGGCAGCUGAAAGACAGAGACCUUCAGUCUGAACCAACAACAAGCAAAGUUAAAUUAUGGAUAUCCAAGAGAGUCUAUAGAAGGUCCAUGCAAGGUAUGGAGAAUUCCUCAAAAGAGCCAUUUUGACUAUUUAUCUGAACUAGAUAUCCCUUGAAUGUGCACACAAAAAGUGAAUGGCUCAUUUGAUAAGGGAAAACUAGGUUCUAAGAUGGCUGAAUAGGAACAGCUCCAGUCUGCAGCUCCCAGUGUGAGCAAUGAAGAAGAUGGGCGAUUUCUGCAUUUCCAACUGAGCAUGGAAAGAAAAUUUAUGUCCUUGCAUCCAUCCAUCUCCGUAUCAGAAAUGGAACCAAAUGGCACCUUCAGCAGUAACAACAACAGCAGAAACUGCACAAUUGAAAACUUUAAGAGAGAAUUUUUCCCAGUUGUAUAUCUGAUAAUAUUUGUCUGGGGAGUCUUGGGAAAUGGCUUGUCCAUAUAUGUUUUCCUGCAGCCUUAUAAGAAGUCCACAUCUGUGAAUGUUUUCAUGCUAAAUCUGGCCAUUUCAGAUCUCCUGUUCAUAAGCACGCUUCCCUUCAGGGCUGACUAUUAUCUUAGAGGCUCCGACUGGAUAUUUGGAGACCUGGCCUGCAGGAUUAUGUCUUAUUCCUUGUAUGUCAACAUGUACAGCAGUAUUUAUUUCCUGACCGUGCUGAGUGUUGUGCGUUUCCUGGCAACUGUUCACCCCUUUCGGCUUCUGCAUGUCACCAGCAUCAGGAGUGCCUGGAUCCUAUGUGGGAUCAUAUGGAUCCUUACCAUGGCUUCCUCAGUAAUACUCCUCAACAAUGGCUCUGAGCAGAAGGGCAGUGUCAUAUCAUGCUUAGAGCUGAAUCACUACAAAAUUACUAAGCUGCAGACCAUGAACUAUAUUGCCUUAGUGGUGGGCUUCCUGCUGCCGUUUUUCACACUCAGCAUCUGUUAUCUGCUGAUCAUUCGGGCUCUGUUAAAAGUGGAGGUCCCAGAAUCGGGGCUGCGGGUUUCUCACAAGAAGGCACUGACCACCGUCAUCAUCACCUUGAUCAUCUUCUUCUUGUGUUUCCUGCCCUAUCACACACUGAGGACCCUCCACUUGGUGACAUGGAAAGUGGAUAUAUGCAAAGACAGGCUGCAUAAAGCUGUGGUUAUCACACUGGCCUUGGCGGCAGCCAAUACAUGCUUCAAUCCUCUGCUCUAUUACUUUGCUGGGGAGAAUUUUAAGGACAGACUAAGGUCUGCACUCCGAAAAGGCCAUCCAUAGAAGGCAAAGACAAAGCGUGGUUUCCCUGUUAGUGUGUGAUUGAGAAAGGAAACAAAAGUAUAAGGAGUUCUUAGAUGAGACCUGUUCUUGUAUCAUUGUGUCCAUCUUCAUUCACGCAUAGUCUCCAAAUGACUUUGUAUUUACAUCAUUCCCAACAAAUGUUGAUUCUUAAUAUUUAGUUGACCAUGACUUUGGUUAAUAACAACGACUUCAAAAAUUUUAUUCAGUGUAUUUUCAGUUGUUGAGUCUUAAUGAGGGAUACAGGAGGAAAAAUCCCUACUAGAGUCCUGUGGGCUGAAAUAUCAGACUGGGAAAAAAUGCAAAGCACAUUGGAUCCUACUUUUCUCCAGAUAUUGAACCAGAUAUCUGGCCCAUCAGGCUUUCUAAAUUCUUCAAAACAGCCACAACUUCCCCAGCUUCCCCAGCUCCCCUGCCCUCUUCAAUUCCCUGAGAUAUAGCCAACUAACGAAGCUACUGGAAGCCCCAGAGCAGACAAGAAGCACAUCCUAAGAUUCAGGGAAAGAAGAGGAAGGCUGUCCUAUAACAAAGCAACUUCAAGUCCCAAGUAAGGACAGUGAGAGAAAAGAGGGGAGAAGGAUUGGAGCAAAAGAGAACUGGCGAUAAGUGGGGGAAGGAAUAAUUUCAUUUUGCACUGGGAGAGAGGUUCUAACACACUGAAGGCAACACUAUUUCUAUUGUUUCUCUCUUGCCGGGGUAUUAGGAAGGACAGGAAAAGUAGGAGGAGGAUCUGGGGCAUUGCCCUGGGAAAUGAAAUUGUGUAUAGAAUGGAAGGGGGAGCAUCAAGGACAUGUAUCUCAAAUUUUCUUUCUGUCCUUGCUGCAGUUCUCCUUCCCAUUAAUUCAUUGGGAUGGAAGCCAAAAAUAAAAGAGGUGCCUCUGAGGGUUAGGAUUGGGCACUCAAGGGAAGGAUAGAGUAGAGGGCAAAUUGCAAAAGUGGUUGCACUCCUGAAAUUCUAUUAACAUUUUGGCAGAAGAUGAGCAGGGUGAUGCUGCCUUACCUUUUGAGAUAGUAUAGAAAAACACUAGAUAGUGUGAGAGGUUCCUUUCUGUCCACUGAAACAAGACUAAGGGUACUACCAACUACUACCACCAUGACCACUGUACUGCCAACAAUUGAAUGCAGUCCCCCUGCAGGGCAGAUUAUGCCAGGCACUUUACAUUCAUUGAUCCCAUUUGAUGUUCACACCAAAGCUCUGAGUUCCAUGUUACAGCUGAAGAAAUUGAAGCUCAGAGAAAUUAAGAAGCUUUUUUAAGUUUACACAACUAGUAAGAGUUUUAAAAAUCUCUGUGCAGAAGUGUAGGCUGGGUGCUCUCCUCACUGCUAUCCUUGUAAACUUCCAGGAAGAUUGGUUGAAAGUCUGAAUAAAGUCUCUCCUCUCCUACCAGUUUCCUCCCCCUCCUCACUCUCACAAGAAAACCAAGCGUUUCUCUUUAGAGUUGUUGACUCAUAGUGCAGUAAAGGGUGGAGGGGAUAUGGCAUUCUGAAGGUAGGGAGGGACUAAGUCAGUCUUCAUACUGAGCACAAAUCCCAGUACCUUUUCCUUAUUUAGCUACCAGAAUGAUGACAGACUCAAACCCUGUCAAGACAGGACCCUGGAGGAUCCACCUAUGGGGAAACUGCAUUGUCUGAAAAAAUGGCUGACAGAUACAAACAGUUGAGGAUCCUUCAACACAAAAACUGGGUAUCUGCCCUAUUACUCACCUGACAAUGAAGCCCACAAUGCAACGAAUCCCUUCCACUCACAGCAUUUGGUCAACCUGUCAGAGCCUCAUUCUCAAUUAUGAACAACAGUCAAUGAACACAAUACAUUAGAGGGAAAGGCCCUAACACAAAAGGCACCAACAAAUAAAUGUGAGAGUAGAUAGAGACCUUUUGAGUAUAACAGGUCCUCCGAAAUAAGAGAUUAAACCAAGAUAGAGAAAAACACAGUAAGUAGGAAAUAAGGAAUCCGACACAGGUGAGAGUGAAGGGAAUUCCCAGGAUGUUGGUGUGUAGCAGGCUUAGAAAGCAACUCAUUCAUGUUGGAGCAGGGCUCUUAAGGGACUCUAGGAGAGAUGUCUCCCAGAAAAAAAAGAAAUUAAUUGAUUCAUGCACAUUGAGAGGGAUUUAGAUUUCUCUUGCAGAGAUUGAGAUAAACUAGUGACAAAUACAUAGAAAAAUAAGCAAGUGAAAACACAAUACAGUUUUUAAAUGAUAGAGGAAAAGAAACUUUUGUAUUAGAGAGGAAAUAUAACCAUAGUACACUACAUGGCUCAGCUGUGAAUAAUAUUUACAUAGAGGAUAAUGUGAAUAUAGUAGUUCCCCAUUAUCUGUGGUUUUGCUUUCUGCAGUUCAGUUACAGCCAACCAGUCUGAAAAUAUUAAAUGGAAAAUUCCAGAAAUAAUUCUUAAGUUUUAAAACAUGUACUGUUUUGAGUAGCAUGUUGAAAUCUCACACUAUCCCACUCCACCCAUGUUCUGGGCAUGGCAAAGUGGGAUGGUGUGAGAUUUCUCCAGUGGAUCUACAAUGUAUAUGCUACCCACCCAUGAGUCACUUAGUCAUUGUCCAGUUGAUCAGACCAACUAUUGUGGUAUAGCAGUGCUUGUGUCAAAGUCACUCUUAUUUUACUUAAUAAUGUCCCCAAAGCAUAAGAGUAGUGAUGCUGGCAAAUAAGAUACACCAAAGAGGAGCUGUAAAGUGCUUCCUCUAACAGAAAAGGUGAAAGUUCUUGACUUAAUAAAAGUCAUGCUUUUUUUA